CUCAUAGCUUACCAUGUGUACAGGUACCACACAAGGCCAGUAAUGUCGGGGCCUGGUCUAUAUGAUCCGACAUCUAUUAUGAAUGCAGACAUGUUAAAUCGAUGCCAACGAGAAGGUUGGGUCAAAUUAGCAGUAUAUUUAUUAUCAUUUUUCUAUUACCUUUAUGGAAUGAUAAUCUCAUUGAUACAAGCCUAAGACAAUUUCCAAAGAAAUUUUAAAUUAUUUAUAUUCAAAGUCACAAAAAAUGUCAUGUUACAAAAUAAAUGUAUUCAUUGUAGAUACCUAUCAUAUUUGUAAGAUAAAUGUUGUAUAGUCAUAUUUUUUAAGUUAUAAUA